GCAAUAAGUUGACUUUGUAAAAUAUACAAAUAGAAUGAGACUAUUGCCUUAUACACUGUAAGCCGCCCUGAGUCUUCGGAGAAGGGCGGGAUAUAAAUGUAAAUAAAUAAAUAAAUAAAUAAAUAAAUAAAUAAAUAAAUAAAUAAAAAAGUUGCCUUCAGAGGUGGUGGGAGCUUCAAUCCCUGGAAGCUUUCAAGAAGAGACCCGACUGCCAGCUGUCAGAAACGGUAUAAAGCCGGUCUCUUGCUCGGUUGGGCUACUAGAUGACCUCCAAGGUCCCUCCCGAACUCUGCGAAGCUGUUAAAUGCCCGCGCGCCUCCAGCUCUGCAACGGAGCGGAGAGGGAACGGAGCGCGCAGCAGCCUCCAGCCGCUGAAUGAAUGAGCUGCCGCUGCCGCUGCUGCUGCUCUCGAACGACCCGCCCCUAACGGCGAAGGGGAGCCCCCCCACUUCUCUACACACACACACACACCCGCGCCGACAACUAGGAAACCGCUCGGGGACAGCGAUGACGCCUCCAGUGCCAAGUUGUCCCUUUGGCUCUUGCGGCUGCCAAGCGAGUUGUUUCUUCUUACGCUUCGCUGCUGGCCGAUCGGAGAUCCCCGGGUUGGUCUUCUUGAAACAAACCCGAGUUUGAGGUUUCUUUCUACACCCGGAGCCGGGUUUACGAGACUUCCUGGAAGGGGGCCCGAGCAGGAAGAGACAAAAUUGACACGUGGACCGUUUCUCUCUCUCUCUCUCUCUCUCUCUCUCUUGGUCUUUUUCCUUUCCAAACCGAGAACGGACGGCGAGGUGAUGCUUUCCUGAAUUUGGUCUCCGGUGCGAAUUUGGGAUUAAGCGUCGUGGAGAGGACGGACCCCCCCUCCUUUUCCCAAAUCAACCGACAACUCCCCCCCCCCCACAACCUUCGUUUGCUGCUUUACAACCCCCACCAACAACUCAGAGGUCCAACUUUGAAGCCCGGUCUCUUGUCUGGGAAGAAGUGGAGUAGCUGGUGAAGAACUUCAGUGGUGGCCCUCGGAGCAAGUUUGAAAACUUUUUUUCUCCUCCUGGCUGCUUUGGAAGGGUCUGUCUGCCUUCUCAACUUGCUCUCCCGGUAGAUGAGAGCUUCUGCCUCUCUUUUUUUUUGGUGGGGGUGGGGGCUUGGUGGUUUGUUCGUUUGUGGAUUUCCACACACACACACACAGAGACACACACCCCUUGGUAACGAAGCCGUUGGAUGGCCUUGAGUACCGGCAACAACGGAGCCCAGGAUUUGGGGGCCAACCUGCUGGCCUCCCAACAUCACAAGGAGCAUCAUCAGCUGCCAGCUCCCAGAUGCCCCCAGCAGGAAGCCCUGAAAAAAGAUGGAGGAAUUGGGGAUGUCUUUUGGUCCAGGCCUGAAUCCCGAUUAUGGACCACGAUGCUCCUGCUGGGAACCUGCCUGCUUUACUGCGCCAGGGUCCUCAUGCCCAUCUGUGUGGUCACCAUGAGCUCUCGCUUUGACUGGGACAAGAAACAAUCCGGAAUUGUGUUGAGCAGCUUCUUUUGGGGUUAUUGCCUGACCCAGGUUGUCGGAGGCCACUUGAGUGACCGGAUAGGAGGAGAGAAGGUCCUUCUCCUCUCCGCCUCGGCCUGGGGAUCCAUCACCGCUAUCACGCCCCUCCUCAUUUCCUCAAGCUCCGCCCACCUGACUCUGAUGACCUUCACUCGCUUCCUUAUGGGACUAUUGCAAGGGGUUUAUUUUCCUGCCUUGGCUAGUCUGCUUUCCCAGAAGGUACAGGAGAGUGAACGAGCGUUGACCUACAGCACGGUUGGAACUGGAUCUCAGUUUGGGACAUUGGUGAUGGGGGCAGCUGGCUCCCUCCUGCUUGACUGGUACGGAUGGGAAAGCGUCUUCUAUCUUUCGGGCCUGCUUACCUUGCUCUGGGUGUACUGCAUGUGUAAAUUCAUCCUGCCACAAAAAGAAAUAAUCGUCUCACUGCAUGACUUGGCAAAGGGUCUUUCCUUAUCAUCCAAACCAACCAAAGUGCCUUGGAGAAAAAUAUUUAGAAAGCCUCCCGUUUGGGCGGUGAUUGUCGCUCAGCUGUGUGCGGCUAGCACCUUCUUCACUCUGCUCUCCUGGCUACCGACGUUCUUCAGCGAAACAUUUCCCGAUUCAAAGGGUUGGAUUUUUAAUGUAAUUCCUUGGCUGGUGGCAAUUCCAACCAGUUUGUUUGCUGGAUUCCUCUCCGAUCAAUGUAUCAGUCAAGGGUGCAAACCCAUCACCGCUCGCAAGUUUAUGCAGGUCAUCGGCUCUGGGGUAUCCAGUAUUUUUGCCUUGGGGAUAGGUUACUCCACCAGCUUUUGCCAAGCAGUGGCCUUCGCCUCAGCCAGCAUUGGACUACAAACUUUCAACCACAGUGGCAUCUCAGUCAAUAUUCAAGAUCUGGCUCCUUCAUGUGCUGGUUUAUUGUUUGGUGUGGCAAACACAGGUGGAGCUUUACUAGGUGUGAUUUGCGUGUACCUAGCUGGACACCUCAUCGAAAACACAGGCUCCUGGGUCUCUGUUUUCAAUCUCGUGGCCGCCGUGAAUGCCCUUGGACUUUCCACGUUCCUCAUCUUUGGAAAAGCUCACAGGAUGGACCUGGAUCCAGCCUACACCGAUUUAUAAACACCUCCGCAGACUUGGAGGGGAGCCUCAAGAUUUCAGAAUGGAGAAAACGAACAGGAGAAUUCCAGGAAAAAACAUACUAGCUUUGGAAGGAUGAAAUUCCAUGCGUUAACCAGUUAGCUCCAGAUUUAAUAGCCCUCUGCUAAUCUUCUCCUCCCAGACAAUUGGUGUACAGUACAUUUCACCUCUCUGGUUAGGUGCUAUUCCUCCAUUAUCCCAAAGGGAGUUCUCCCCACCGCUACAUAUUGGUGUUCUAGCCCAGGGGUCUCCAACCUUGGCAACUUUAAGACUUGCGGACUUCA